CUACACAGCCCGGAACUCUAAGUAGGGUGCACAGGGUUUCCUCCUUGGCUUCCUCAAUGAUCACUUCCGCCCAGGAGUCUGAAAUACCCGAGCCCUUUGGCUGCAGCGAACUACUGGAGAGGCACUUCCGGUGUCUGUUGCCAAGGCGCCGGCCCCAGGGGCCUUCAGGCGACAUUAUUGGCGUCGUCCUCUCCCCCCUUCCCGGGGGUCGAGAUGUCGGGGCUCAGUCCCUUAGAGAAGGAGGGCUGUCGUAACCUGCUCGGCCUACUGGACAACGACGAGAUCAUGGCCCUGUGUGACACCGUCACCAACCGCCUAGUGCAGCCUAAGGACCGCCAAGAUGCUAUUCAUGCAAUAUUAGUGUAUAGUCAAAGCGUAGAAGAACUUCUGAAGCGUAAAAAAGUCCGCCGAGAAGUCAUAUUUAAGUACUUAGCAACACAGGGAGUAAUUAUACCUCCAGCUACCGAAAAACAUAGUAUUAUUCAGCAUGCAAAAGUUUAUUGGAAAAAGCAGUCUCAACUGAAACUGAAGGAAACAGCAGAGCCCGUUACAAAGACAGAAGACAUCCAACUCUUUCAACAGGCAAAAGAAGAUAAAAAAGCUGAAAAAGUUGAUUUUCGUCGUUUAGGAGAAGAAUUCUGCCACUGGUUCUUUGAACUUCUAAAUUCUCAGAAUCCUUUUCUGGGACCGCCUCAAGAUGAAUGGGGGCCACAGCACUUCUGGCAUGAUGUCAAGCUUAGGUUUUUUUACAAUACCUCAGAGCAAAAUGUGAUAGACUACCAUGGAGCAGAAAUUGUGAGCCUUCGUCUGCUGUCGCUAGUGAAAGAAGAAUUUCUUUUUCUCAGCCCCAACCUGGAUUCCCGAGGACUGAAAUGUGCUUCAUCUCCCCAUGGAUUAGUUAUGGUUGGAGUUGCAGGGACUGUCCACAGAGGAAACAGUUGUUUGGGAAUUUUUGAACAAAUUUUUGGACUUAUUCGCUGUCCUUUUGUGGAGAAUACUUGGAAAAUCAAAUUUAUUAACCUAAGAAUUGUUGGGGAAAGUUCCCUUGCUCCUGGAGCAUCAAUGAAACCAGCUGUUACAUUUGAACAGAGUGAUCUGGAGGCCUUUUAUAAUGUAAUUACUUUGUGUGGCAACAGUGAAGUAAGACUUAAUGUAAUGCAGGCAUUGGAUAGUGGGACUGGAGACCAGGUUUUAUGUAGUGGAAAUGAGACAUUGUUGAACAAAAGAGAACCGAGUUUGCCUAACACUGUAAAGCAUUGAGCACUGUAUGUCAGCCUAAAAUUUCUCUAUAGAAACUUCCAAGCAUGACAGCAGUAAUUUCUAAGUGAUUACAGAUGUGACAAUUGACAUAUUUUAGUUGAAAUACCUUUCUGGACUAGAAACGGAUAUAUUAUGUGAAUACUUGCCUAUUUCUACCUGAGUACAGCAAAUGUUCUGAGAGCUUAUUGCAGUGCAUCAAAUAAAUCACACUUUAGAUGCUGUAGCUAAUCGUGUGCCUUAGAAACCAGGUAAUAUUUUCAUUUUACUUAGUGAAUAUUCUAGUAAUAUCUAUACCUUCUAUGUGGCAAAUGAUUGACAGUGUUCAGGCUUACUGAAUAUUUUACAAAUGCGUCUCACUGCCAUACCUUUAAAAAAAUUCAAAUAUUUUAGAGACAUUAAAUGUAGACUCAGAGUUUUCAUUUUAGAAAAUUCAAAUGACAUUGCUAUCCAGAAAGGCCAAUAUUUUAUCAAGGAGAGAAAAAUUUGCUGCCCUUUUAAUGUAUUUGAGGAACACUUUUUAAACUACUCUAGUUCAAAUGAACAUCUCUUACAAUCUGUAACAUUUAACUAUCUUGAGCAAUGAUAAAUACUGUCCUCAAAACAGAUGUUAUUCUUAUCUAGGCUUCAGCUAGCAGUUUUAUGGAACAUUUAUCUUAACACCAUAUAACUAAUACAUACUUUUGAAAUUUUAAAGGUAUGCCCAGUUUCUAAUCUUUCAGUGAAUAUCUAUUCUUUCUCUUGAUUGAUGUGGCAGAACUGACUACCUCCAAACCCAAAGCAAAAAAAAAAAAACCCAUACAAAACCCAUAUACAUACACACACACACAUACACUUCAUCAUAACUUAUUAGGAGUUUUCCUUAUCUAAUUUGAAUUAUUAGGUUUCAGUUACAAAGUUAAGUUCCCAAAUUAAUUAGAUAGUUGUUUUAAAGUUCCUCACCACCCAGCAGCCAUUUCUGAUCCUAGAUUUAAUUAGGAAUUUCUGUUUGUAAAAGUACUAUUUGUACAAAAAAGUUCAACUGGAAAAUAUGAUGACAUUGUACAUGUUGAUUUUUACAUUUAACUGUGCUUAUGACCAUCUAAGGAGACUGAUAAUGAUCUUGGAAGUAGAAGACAUAAACAUUCAUCUUUUUUUUUUUAUGACAUGCCUCCUACUAGAAGUAUAGUAGAUUAUCAAUUAUCCUAAAAAACUUAAUAAAAGAGGGAUGUCCAUUUUGCUGUGAAAGAGUAAUACAUUUAAUUUACAGUUGUCUUGCUCUUAAAGUUUUAGCCAAUUAGUAAAAAUAAAACAUCUUUUCCUUGCUGUUUACACUAUCAGUGUAAUAUAAUUGGUAUAAGUGACACAACUAGCUGGGCGUGGUACCUCAUGUAAUGUCAUCUCCUCAGGAGGGAGACAGAGAAUUACUGUUUGAGACCAGCUCUGGCAAAAAUAAAAAAGGUAGUGUGACUCCCACCUCAAUAAAUAAACCAGGCUGGUGGUUUACCCCUACCAGCUAUGGUAGACAGAGUAGGAGGAUCAUGGUCAGAGGUAAAAGCAGGAGACACUAUUAAAAAAUAACUAAAGCAAAAAAAGGUAAGAAGCUUAAGACCUGAGUUCAAAUACCAGCAUAGAAAAAAAGGAAAGACUUUAAAAAAGUGAACAUAGCAAUUUACAAAAUAAUUACCUCAUACUUUUGCAUGGUAGACAGUCAAGUUACACAAGUCCAUCUUUACCCAUCCUGUAGCUCUGCUUAGCUUUUGAAAACUUGUUCUGUUUGUUAGGUUGUUAAUGGUCAUUUAAAAAAAAUAGUAAAUAUCCUAAGGAUAAAAUUAAAAACCAAUGAUGUCUUUUUGCUGUGCUAUUUAUGUCAAGUACUGCAGAAAUACUGUAGAUGCUCAGAAUAGACUGGGAUUUCCUCUGCUAUCUUCAUUACUGAAUUUUUAAAUUUUUAUACAGCCCAAGUAAGGCUGUAAAUUCUACACAUGGUUUUAAUUAAUCUUACAAAUCGAAGUCUUGAUAAACUAAUACAAUUGGACUGGUUUAUUUCAGGCGAAUUUCCACAUCUGAGCACAAGGUAGAGCCUUAGCCUUAUGUUUGAGUUAAGAGGUAAAUGAAUGAGCCAAUGAGAUUUACAUAAUGAAAAAAAACAAGACUUUAUGUUUGAUUCUGCUCUUUGGUGCUGGUGUUUUGAUUACAUCAUCUGAAUAUCAUAUGUGGCUACACAGAAACUUAGACCCCCAAAUAACUAAGAUUUGGGAGCAAAACAGUACUGACUUGAAAGCUUGGUCAAUGACAUAUUCUUGAGCCCUAAGGCUAUCUUAAAAAAAUUAUCUAUCUAUAAAUAGAUAGAUAGAUACAUGAAAUAUUCAGAGGAAGAAGAAGCCUGGAAGAGUUGAAAUUUAUUCACGAGGAUUAGAGCUUAAUUUAAGCCUGAGAAUGGCCAAAUGCAAAGUGUAAGAAUUAAAUUUUGCUUUUCUGCGAUCACCUCCCAAAUGUGUUUGUGUUAGGAAUGGCAGGGAUCUUAGCUUUAGUAUUCUUGCUUUCUUAUUCUCAGCUUGUAUUUGGAAAGUCUGGGGUAGGUAAUAAAGAAGAAUAUGCCACUACAUUGUCAUGGAGAAAUAAUUGGUGGUCAAAGUAGGGGAAUCUCAUGAACUUUUAUUUGAUGUAGGCUAAUUUGCCAUAGCCUUAUAAUAGGGUAUCUGUGGUUAAAUACCCCUUUUUAUUAAAAGUAACUUACUAAAUAAAAAUUUUUAAAUCUUUUACUAAAACUGUAACUAAUAGCUAAUAUAUUUUAUUGGUACCUAAAAUGCAACACAUUUCUUAUGUUUUAUAAACUAAAAUUCCAAACUAGGAAAAAGGCCAUCUCUACUAAAUCAUCUUACAAAUGAAAAAUACAAUAGCAGGUAAUGAAAAUAUUCCUAGGAUUUCCAAAAGGUAAUGUUUUUCUGUUAAAGAAGGGCUAAUCUCAUUAAGAAAUUACGGAAUCACCAGAAAAUGGGAUAGCUGUUUUGUUUUUUUAAAAAAGGUAAUUGGAAACUGUUCUAACAAAAUGGCUCUCAUGCCUAAGCAGGUCAUUAAAAUCAAUGAAAAUCAUAUCAUAAUGUUUUUCUUAGGAUCUAUAUUUGCACAAAUGCAGAUGCCCUUUUCAACUUUUAUUGGGGGUAUAGGGUUUGCUGGAAUUGAACUCAGGAACUUCACACACACGUGCUGAACACAUUCUACCACUGAGCUAAAUUCCUGGCUCUUAAUUUGGGUUGUAGGAGUUAGUCAUCAACCUUUUGAAAAAUAAAAUGAGACCUGUGUUCUUUGUCUUCAGAAAAAAUAUGCUUGCUUUUGUAGCAUUAGAUGUUCUGAAUAUUUUGGUGAAAGCAUGAGCUUCUCCAAAGCAGAGCUGAGUCCUGUGGAAAUCAUGUUAGAAAAAUCUGCCAUGAUGUUAUAUUUCCCAA